CGAUUCAAGGGAGAAGUCUGUACUCACCAACUCACCCAUAAACCCCUUCUCUCUCACUCUUAUCUCCAAUGGCGUCCUUCGCCGCCGGCGCGGGGCAAUUUCUCAGCCUCCAUCAAACUCGCACCCGUCCAAAACUACACUGUACUCCGUCCUCUGCCUCUAUUACCACCAACACUAUCAGAUGCCAACAGAUUUCGUCUCAAAACCCUAACAAACCCUUAAAAACCCGGCCCUCAAAAACCCCCGUGCUUUCUGUUAAGAAUCUAGCCAUCUCCGCCGCGGCUGGUGUUUUAUUUCACGUAGCGUUCAAGAGUUCUUCCCUCUUCGGUUUCGGCGGUGGAGGAGGUGGCGGUGGAGCCAGUGGAGGCGGCGGAGGUGGUGGAGGUGGAGGUGGAGGUGGAGGUGGGUUUUGGAAGAGGCUGCUGUCUCCUGUUGCUAAUGCAGAUGAAAAUCAAUCUCCAGAAUGGGAUGUUCAUGGUUUACCGGCUGAUAUCAUUGUUCCAUUGAACAAACUCAGUGGAUUUAAAAAGUACAAGUUAUCUGCGAUCGAGUUUCUUGACAGAGUUAAAUCUGCCGUUGUAGGUUCAGAGGAUUCGUUUUUUGAAAUGGUUUCUCUUAGGGCUGGUGGCGUUUACACCAAAGCUCAGCUUCAGAAGGAGCUUGAAACCCUAGCUACUUGUGGUAUGUUUGAAAAAGUGGAUUUAGAAGCGAAGACCAACCCCGAUGGAACCAUUGGUUUAACCGUAUCAUUUACGGAAUCCACUUGGGAAGAGGCUGAGUACUUCAAGUGUAUCAAUGUGGGGUUAAUGGCGCAAUCAAAAGCUGUUGAAGCAGAAGAGAACAUGACUGAGAAAGAGAAGAUCGAUUAUAUGCGGAACCAAGAAAGGGAUUAUCGGCGAAGAAUGGAGAGGGCAAGGGCAUGUAUGUUGCCAUCUACAGUCCAUAGAGAAAUCGUGAAGAUAUUGGGGCAAGGGAAUGUGAGUGCUCGGAUGUUGCAAAACAUUCGUGAUAGGGUUCAGAAAUGGUACCACGAUGAAGGGUAUGCUUGUGCUCAGGUUGUGAAUUUUGGGAAUUUGAACACUAAUGAAGUUGUUUGUGAGGUGGUUGAGGGUGAUAUUACAAGGGUUGUGAUUCAAUUCCAAGAUAAACUUGGAAAUGUAUGUGAAGGGAACACUCAAACUGGAGUAGUGAGGAGAGAACUACCUAAGCAGCUUCAAAGGGGGAAUGUUUUCAACAUUGAAGCCGGGAAACAAGCAUUGAGGAAUAUUAAUUCUUUAUCUUUGUUUUCAAAUAUCGAAGUCAAUCCACGACCUGAUGAGAAGAACGAGGGAGGGAUUAUUGUUGAGAUUAAGCUUAAAGAACUUGAACAAAAAUCAGCUGAAGUCAGUACUGAAUGGAGUAUUGUUCCUGGACGUGGAGGCCGACCUACUUUGGCUUCAAUCCAGCCUGGUGGAACUGUUUCUUUUGAACAUCGGAACAUCAAGGGGCUUAAUAGAUCCAUUCUUGGCUCUGUUACCACAAGCAACUUUCUUAAUCCUCAGGAUGAUCUUGCUUUCAAGCUGGAAUAUGUGCAUCCUUACUUAGAUGGUGUAACCAAUUCCCGAAACCGGACUUUGCGUACAAGCUGCUUCAACAGCAGAAAGCUGAGUCCAGUGUUCACAGGUGGGCCAGGAGUAGAUGAGGUUCCUCCUAUAUGGGUUGACCGAACUGGUGUUAAAACCAAUAUCACUGAGAAUUUCACUCGACAAAGCAAGUUUACAUAUGGAAUUGUAAUGGAAGAGAUAACAACACGUGAUGAAAGCAGUCAUAUUUCUUCAAAUGGGCAGAGGGUUUUGCCAAGUGGUGGUAUUAGUGCAGAUGGGCCUCCAACAACACUGAGUGGAACGGGUAUUGACCGAAUGGUAUUUGCACAAGCAAAUAUCACAAGGGACAACACCAAGUUUGUAAAUGGAGCAAUUGUUGGGGAGAGGAAUGUAUUUCAGGUUGAUCAAGGGUUGGGAAUUGGAACUAAGUUCCCGAUUUUCAAUAGGCAUCAGCUGACAAUGACAAGAUUCAUCCAACUGAUGAAAGUAGAAGAAGGUGCUGGAAAAUCCCCACCACCUGUGCUUGUUCUUCAUGGUCAUUAUGGGGGAUGUGUAGGAGACCUUCCAAGUUAUGAUGCCUUCACUCUUGGAGGACCUUACUCUGUUAGGGGUUACAACAUGGGAGAGAUUGCUGCUGCUAGAAAUAUCCUUGAGGUUGCUGCUGAGCUACGCAUACCAGUGAGGAACACACAUGUAUACUUAUUUGCAGAGCAUGGGAAUGAUUUGGGGAGCUCAAAGGAUGUGAAGGGAAACCCAACAGAGGUGUAUAGGAGAAUGGGUCAGGGCUCCUCAUAUGGUGUUGGAGCCAAGCUUGGUUUGGUACGUGCAGAGUAUGCUGUUGACCACAAUUCGGGGACUGGUGCCUUGUUUUUCAGGUUUGGAGAGAGAUUUUGAUUUUGGUUUCUAUAAGGUUUUUGCAAGAUGGAUUUUGGGUAGAAGGAUUGAUCGAUCUAAUGUUGGAACAUGGAACUUGAGUGCUAUGUGUAGAAAAUUCGUGAUUUUGUUUGAUGGGGACUUAUUUGAGAUGUACUUAUUAAUACUUACUAUUACUAUUCAACAAACACCCCCAGGGGUAAAUUGUGUUUGA